AGCAAUUUCAAAUUGAGCCGAAAUAUGCAGCUUUUACCGUGAAUGCAGUCUGCUAACGCGGGAACAUUGCCUUUACAUUUCAAUCACACUGAAACCUCAGCGACAUGGAUUAAAUAGAGCCCCGGUUAGAAAGCAAUGAAUAUGGAGUUUGGUAAAUUCUCCAGUUUUCAAUUGAAGGCUGGUGCUAAAUUGUCAUGGAUCUAACAUUUGUAUUGUGGUUGUUAAGUAAUACAUAUAAGAGAGUUCCACAAGUUACCAACAUAUAUUGAGAAUCGAUUCAGAUAAGGCUAUAUUUGUUCUGCAUGCCGACUUUCAUUCAUUGACAAAUGUUGACAUAAUUUUGCAAUUUACCAAUCACUCAUCCUGUCCCUGUCUCUUCCAGAUGUCUGUUUGGUGGCAGGUUCUGUUUCUCCAGUUUUUCCUUACCCUGAGCUGUGUGUACCCAUGUUGUGCAUCCCCUCCAGGCCUACUCAAGUCCUACUCAUACUCCCUCAAAUCCAUCAGAUGCACCCACACUCGGGUACAGCAGCUGCUCAGGAGAUAUAAGGAGGAGCAGUUGGAUAACAAGCAGUUUGAGGACAGAAGUCUGGAGUGGCAGACCCUACCCUCCCUCUCCACAGACUUCGACCACUGGCUUCAGAUGAAGGACUGGGAGCGUCUGAGUGCUGCCUCUCGAGACCUGCACACCUUCUGGGCUCACCUGGACAUGAAAAGAAGGGAGAUAGAGAGGGAGGAGGUUGGACAGGGGGCAGCCCACAGGAUGGGGAGCAGGGGCAAGCCAAAACCCAGCAUACCUGAGAGAAUACAGCACAUUCUGACAGACCUGCGGGAUCUCAUGACAAAAGUCAACUUUCAGUUGAGAUGUGUGAACAGCUCCAAUGUAAGCCCCACCUCUCCCCCUGCCCUGACCCGUGCAGUGAGCACUCCCUCCAGCCACCAGGCCCCAUCAAAGUCCCUGUGGACCAGCCGCCUGGAGGGCUACGUCAUCCUCAAGGACCUGGAGCGCUACCUCACCAAGCUGGCCAGAGACUUCAUCCUCCUGAAGACCAAACACAGAGGUCCUCCAGGUACCUAGCCCAGGGGCAGAUAGACAUGGUAUGCAUGGAUUCAUAUUCAUAAUGCAAACUAGUACUGCACAAGCCUGUGACGGGUUGUGGUUAGAGUCGCUUUUAACUUAUUUUGUGGACUAGGGACAAUGUUGGAUGUGAGAAUUUACAAAUUGUAGUAUUAUGAAUUAUAACACAACAGUAUUUUAUGUAGUCA